CUUUCUUUUUCUAUUGAUAAGAUAAUAUUUUUUCGAAUAUAAGGAGCGAAAAAAAUUGCAAAAAACACUACUUGGCUUACCUUACUUCAGCGUAACAAGUAAUCUACUUUAUAAAGAUGCAUUUUAAACUUUUUGCCGCCAUUUUCGGAGUGCUCUUAGCUGUCCAGGCUAGCCAGCAAUCUCCCAUUAAAGAUGACGACCUUAAUGCCGUAAUUGUAGCUAUAUACAAUCAAAUCCUCAACUACGAACGUGAAAUCCUCUCUAAAGUAUCAGAAUACGUCGAGAACCUCGAAGGUGACAAAGCCCAAAUCCAAGCCGAAGUCGUAGAAGUCAUCACCAAACUAGCCAACUCCAUCAACAACGUGAUCGUCAAAUUCAUCGAUGAACUCAGACCCGCCGCCACUGACGAUGGUAAAGCCGUCUUAGACUGCAUUCAGGCCGAACAAGACAAAACUGAUGCCGCGUUCAACACACUCGCCGCUGAUAUCGGAGUCUGUGUCGUAGACAACACUUUGAUCUAUGACGCCUUGACCGCCCUCAUCAGCCAAUUGAGCGGAUUGAUCGACAAAGCUCAGGCUGAAGUUGACACCUUGAGCAGCUGCGAUAGCGGAGACCUCGCAUGUUUGACCACUUUCGUUCUGACCAGAAUCGACGACUUGGGAGACGUCUACGAAUUGUUGAAGCAAGACGUUGACGAGGCCGUGCAGUUGCUCGUCAACUUAGUCAACAUGGUCGAGGGUUGCGUCCAGACCGAAUGGCCAGUGUUGAACUCUUUGGCCCAAGAGAUCUUUAACGAUGCUGUUGUAUGCAUCAAGGCUUAAAAUGUGUUUGUUAAAUAGAUCAUUUUUUGUUUUAUGAAUAAAAGUAUUUUCUUUAAA